GUUCGUGAAGCUGGCAAGCCUGAGAGAAGAGUAAAAGAGUGUGAGAUCAAAGAGAGAAAUAAUGGGAGGCCAAUCUCUAUGUGCAGCUUUGUCCAACGUGUUGGGGAAAUUGAAACUAUACCUUGCAAUGGUUUCCCUGCAGUUUGGAUAUGCAGGGAUGUACAUAGUCUCCAUGGUAUGUUUGAAGCAUGGCAUGAGCAAUUUCAUCCUCGCCACGUAUCGACAUGUAGUCGCCACCAUUGUAAUUGCACCCUUUGCCUUUGUUCUCGAAAGGAAAAUAAGGCCAAAGAUGACCCUCCCUAUCUUCCUCAGGAUUGUUGCUCUUGGUUUCCUGGAGCCAGUGCUUGACCAAAACAUAUAUUAUGUGGGAAUGAAGUUAACAACAGCAACAUAUGCAGCAGCUUUUGUCAACAUGGUUCCUGCUGUUACCUUCGUAUUUGCAAUGAUUUUCAGGUUAGAAAAGGUGAAUGUGAAGGAGAUAAGAAGUGUGGCAAAGAUCAUUGGAACAACAAUCACCGUCAUGGGAGCAAUGGUGAUGACCUUAUACAAAGGUCCCAUUAUCGACUUCAUCAAGUCAGGGGGAACUAUUCACCAUGGAACCGCCGCCGAAUCCGCAGAUAAAAACUGGAUUACUGGCACAAUACUGCUUCUUGGAAGCACCUGUUGCUGGUCAAGCUUCUUUAUUUUGCAAUCCUUCACAUUGAAGCAGUACCCUGCAGAGCUCUCUCUCACAGCAAUGAUAUGUUUCACGGGGAUGGUUGGAGGUACAGGUGUGUCACUCAUCAUGGUUCGCGAUCUAAGUGCGUGGAAAGUCGGUUGGGACUCGAGGCUUCUCGGUGCAGCGUACUCUGGGAUAUUUUGCUCCGGGAUUGCAUAUUAUCUGCAAGGAUUCUCGAUCAAGCAACGAGGGCCGGUUUUCGUAACAUCAUUCAGCCCUCUAUGUAUGAUCAUCACUGCAAUACUAGGAGCCAUUAUUUUAGCAGAAAAAAUCCACCUUGGAAGCAUUGUUGGAGCGAUUAUCAUAGUCACAGGCCUUUACACAGUGGUGUGGGGCAAAAGCAAAGAUGUGAAAGACUCAAAAACAGAUGAGAAAAGCAAUGCCCUGCAGGAACUGCCGCUCACAGGCAGUCGGUAGAUCAAUCACAGUUGAAGAUGAGAUGAAUGGAAUUGCCAAAAUUGUAACUAUUCCAGCUUCAAAGAAC